AAUCAGGGCCUACCUAUUUUUAUUGCCCUUUAUUUAUUGACAAAGUCUUCAACUGGCGCUACGGUCGCAGGUCAGGAGACAGACUGCAGCAGUAUGGCGAUGCGUGUGCUGCGGAUGUUGCCGCUGCUGUGUCUGAUCGCUGCGUCCAGCGCGCUGCCGCACGGCGCGCGGAUCGUCAACGGCAGCGACGCCAGCAUCGAGGACUACCCGUGGAUGGCCGUCAUCCAGUACCGCAGCGACAUCAAGUGCUCCGGCACCAUCAUCAGCGACACCUGGGUGCUGACCAACGCCGCCUGCGUGCAGAAGUUCGAGCCCACAGACUACUGGGUGCGGGUCGGCACAGCCGAUCGUACCAGUGGAGGACUUCUGUACAACGUCACGCGCAACGAAUACAACCACAAGUUCAGCUCAAAAAAGAGGGACUACGACGUGGGCGCCGUUCAGAUCGACGGCACCUUUACCUUCACCGACAGUGUGCAGCCAAUUACUCUGUCGACGGAGGCACCACCGGACGGUGCUCUGGUGACGGCGAUGGGUUGGGGCACGCUUUGGAAUGGUGGCUACCCUGCAGAGGUGUUGCAGGCGGUGGACCUGUACGUGGUCAACUGGGACGAGUGCAGCGAAGUAGACGUCUACAGCGGCAAGCUGACGGAGCGCCAGUUCUGCGCCGGCUGGUCUGGCGGCGGGAAAGGCACCUGCGGUAGGGACAAGGGCGGUCCAGCGGUGCUCAAUGGCGUCCAGGUGGGUAUCACCUCCUGGAGCAACGGCUGCGCCAUGCCCGGCUACCCCAGCAUCUUCACCAGUAUCGUGCAGGUGCGCGACUGGAUCACGGAGACAACUGGCGUCUAGACUACGACAUGAAAAAACCAGCAAAGUCAAAUGGAAGUUUUCGUAACUAAACUAUGAUGAAUAAAAUAUAUGGUCGUAUAGUCA